CAAAUUUAUGAAGAAAUAAGAGUAGUGUAAAUAAUAAAAGUAGUAUAAAUUAUAAAUAAAAGAAAUAAUGGCAUUAAGGAAUAUUUUGCCAUGCAAUAAAAUUAUUAAAAUAAAUCUAAGAAAUAUUUAUACUCAAAAUAAAAUUAAUUCUAUUGAAAGCAGUAAAGAAUUUAGUGAUUCACAUAAGCAUUACGAUAUUAUUAUAGCAGGAGGAGGAUUAGUUGGAACCACUUUAGCUUGCGCUUUAGGUAAAAGCAAAUUCCUUUCAGAAUGCAAAGUAUUACUUUUAGAAGGCGCUCCACCGUUUAAACCUUUUGAUUGUAAUAGCCAAUAUGGAAAUCGAGUUUCAGCUCUAAAUCAUGCCACUGUAAAAUUAAUGAAAAAUAUUGGUGCUUGGUCAACAAUAUCUGAUAUAAGGCACAAACCAGUAAAACAAAUGCAAGUAUCAGAUGCUAGUUCGACUGCUUCCAUUUCAUUUAAUAAUGAUAAUUUUGAAAAUGAUGUUGCUUAUAUUGUUGAAAACGAUUUGGUCAUUCACGCUGUUUGCCAAGAGUUAGAAAAGUGCAAAAAUGUUGAAAUUAAAAAUUUAAGUAAAAUAGAAGGUGUAAAAUUUUGUCAAGGAAGUUUUCAGAAUUUUUGGUCGGUUUAUUUAAAAGGCGAUGAAAAAAUUAAAUGCGAUUUGUUGGUGGGCGCAGAUGGAGCUAAUUCACUAGUCAGAAAGGAAAUGGGUGUCACCUACUACAGUGAAAAUUAUAACCAGAUGGGAUUGGUUGCCACAUUAGAACUAGAAGAAAUAGGUGACGGAAACAACGUAGCUUGGCAAAGAUUUAUUCCCACGGGGCCAGUAGCUAUGUUGCCACUGAGUGAUAAUUUCAGCUCUUUAGUGUGGACUACGACACCGGAACAUGCGAAAAAGCUCAAAUUGAUGUCAUCGGAAGAAUUUGUUAACGCUUUGAACGAAUCUUUUAUUAAGGAGUAUCCAAGAGAUGAUCUAACAAAGUAUGCACUUAAUUUUUUGGAAUCAUUAACUAAUGGUUUUUCUAAAAGUAUAAAACAAUAUCCUCCACGCGUCAAAUCUGUUAUAGAAAAUUCAAGAGCCUGUUUUCCACUCGGUUUUGGGCAUGCGGCUUCAUACGUUAAUCAUAAUGUUGCCUUAGUAGGAGAUGCUGCUCAUAGAAUUCAUCCAUUAGCCGGACAAGGUGUCAAUUUGGGUUUCGGGGAUGUGGAAUGCUUAACAAGAAUACUAAAUGAUACCAUUUACAAUGGUUCAAAAUUAGGUGAUUUACACUAUCUUGUAAAAUAUGAGCAAGAAAGAUUGUUAAAAAAUUUACCAAUUAUGUUGGGAGUUCAUGGUAUUCAAAAUUUAUAUAGCACAACGUUUUCGCCAAUUGUACUUUUACGGAGCUUGGGCUUACAGUUUACUCAGAACAUGCCACCAUUGAAAAAAUUGUUUAUGGAACGUGCUAUGGGAUAAAUACGAAUAGAAAGAAAUAAUAUUAAUUAUUAUUAUUAACGCAGUAAUUUUUAUUAUUAGUUUUAUUCAGUUCAUAUAUUCGACAUAAUUUAACACAUAUGUACUCAUAUCUUUUUCGAAACAUAUGAUUUUUAAUUAAAUUAAACCUUUAAAAUUUUUAACAGAAAAAUGUAAUAUUCUAAUUAAUAGCAUAAUAUUAUGUAUUUUUAUAUAGAACAGAAUAUUAUAUACUUAAUGUACGUACAAUACAAAAUUCGAGGUACCUACCAUAGGCAUAAAAAAGCAACUUUCACGUAUAAUAAAUAAUGGACCAUUUUUUUAAUUUGUAUUUUUUGCAAGAUUAUUUGCAUAAAAAAAUUUCAUUUGGAUAGAUUUUUUUUCAUAAUAUUUUUGCUCUUAUGUUUUUUGUUCUAUGGUAGUAUUACAUAAAUUAAUAAAGUACAUGAAAUAUUUCAAAAAUAAAAUGAUUUUUUAGUUAAGUUUGUAAAAUAGUUCAAUAUAACCCUAUUCUUCAUCAUAGCUUUACUUUUUUAAA